AUGAAGAACGAGAAUGAGAGUGCAAGUGUGAGUGAGAAUGAGAAUGAGAGUGAAAGUGUGAGUGAGAAUAAGAAUGAGAGUGAGAAUGAGAUUGAGAAUGAGAGUGUGAGUGAGAGUGAGAAUAAGAGCGAGAAUGAGUUUGAGAAUGAGAGUAUGAGUGAGGGUGAGAGUGAGAGUGAGAAUGAGAGUGUGAGCGAGAAUGUGAAUGAGAUUCAGCAUCCUUGUCAUCCGCAACAUCCCUUGGUGUUAGUGGCAGAGCAAAGCAAUGAAGGUCUCAAAGCUCACUGCGAUGGAUGUGGGGAACUGCUUUCAGUUCCAUGCUUCACUUGUAUUCAUUGCAAUUAUCACCUUCACAAGCAAUGUGCAGAGGCACCCCUUGAAAUUCCAAAUCACCCUCUACAUCCUGAGCACUCAGGCGUAGGUCUUUUUCUUCGACAAAGGCCACACGUUAAUGAUGACCUGAUGCUAUAUAUCUUUGUCCUGAUUGUCCAUUCAUCAUUCACAAGAAAUGCAUUGAUGAGUUACCCACUGAAAUUGAUCACCUUACACAUCGCUUACACCCUCUUAUUCUUAACCGUAGUGAUAGUGAUUACUUGUGCAACCCAUGCCAAAAGCAACAUUCCGGACCUUUUUACAGUUGUUCUCUUUGCCAUUUUAACAUCAAUGUUGAAUGUGCUUGGCCGAGGUCUACUGUUGAAGAUAGAAAUCGUCAUCAGCAUCCAUUCACCUUACUUAGCAGACAAGAUUCGUUCAAUUGUGAUGCAUGUGGCACUGAAGGAAAUUAUAUUUCAUAUAUAUGUUCAACAUGCAGCCUCAUGGUCCAUAAGGAUUGCACUUCACUCCCACGCAUCAUCAAGUUUUCUCGACAUGAUCACAGCAUUUUUCACAAACAUUUUCUUCAAACAUGAGAGCUUACAAGAGCAUCGAAGUUUGUACAAGGUAAUUGAGGAAGAAAAGCAAUGUGAGGAGCUUGAAGAAAAAUCUAUGCAGUCUGCCAUCAUUCGUAUUAUUGAGGUGAAUGAAGCUGGGGAAGCUACAAAAAUUGAGCAUUUUAGUCAUCAACAUUGCUUGGUGUUAGCAGACAAGAUGGAGGAGGAAAUUGAUAGAAAAUGUGAUGGGUGCAUGCUACCUGUCUCAAAUAUUUUCUAUUAUUGUUCAGAAUGCCCCUUUUUUCUUCAUAAAACCUGUGCUGAAUUGCCAAUAAGCAAGCAACAUUGGUUUCAUCAAAGCAAUGCCACCCUCAAUUUCCACACCUUCACGAAAUGUUACUUUUGCAGUCAAUAUUCUAGUGGUUUCUUCUAUAGAAUUAGAGGAUAUAUGGACAUGUGCUUAAGGUGUGCUAAAGUUGCUGAUAUCAUUGAAUGUGAAGGACACCAACACUUUCUCUUUUUUGAUUUCAAAUGCGAGGAGAAAUGUAAUGGUUGUGGCAAUAGGUGUUGGAAUGGUGCAUUCAGAUGUGGAAAGUGCAGAUUUGCUUUGGAUUUUGGAUGCUUAACAUUACCACAUUCAGCUCUUCACAAAAUUGAUGAACACAAGCUAAAGCUUACUUAUCAUGAUGAUAAGGAGCAAAGUUAUUGUGAUAUUUGUGAGCAAUAUAGAGAUCCAAGGCUUUGGUAUUAUUCUUGUUCAAUCUGUGAUACUUCUGCUCAUCCCGAAUGUGUUCUUGGAAAAUUUCCAUUUCUCAAUGAUGGGGUCACAUUUGCUUCUUAUGGUUAUCACAAUCAUCAUCAUGAUCUUAAUUUUUUUAGGGAGGUCGAGGGCUUCCCUGAAUGCUCUUAUUGUGGUAAGCUUUGCCAAGAAGAAAUUCUCAAGUGUGAAAACUCUACAUGCAACUUUAUUGUCCACUACAAAUGCCGGAGGGGUCACUAA